CCUGACCUUUGCGCGGCUCUGGCAAUCUCUUCCGGACACACUGUCUUGUGGAGGUUGGAUGAAUGUAUGAAGAAAUUAGUCUAGUAAUAUCCGCAUUUUCCCCCGCGCAAGGGAUAAUAUCGUGUGUGUUUGUGUUAUUUUGUGUUAUUUUGUGUUAAGGAGCUGCGCUGAAGGUUUUGUGCGUAAAAGUGUGUCGCCUUGUAAAGCUGUGUGUGUCGGCUAAAGAUGUCUGCGGAGGAAGCGGACAAAACAACCACCACGGAUGCCAGUGCUGGAGAUGAGGAGGAGGAAUGGCUCUAUGGAGAUGAAUCCGAGAGCAAGGAUGAGGACGAGGAGGCCAAACUGAAUGCUGCAAUCAGUGCACCUACCGAUGCCUCGCUGUCAACAACAGAGGACGUCGCCGCUCAUGCCACGGGGAACGGAGUGGCCUCUGAGCCGUCUGGUGAGGCUGGGGGCGAGGAUGAAGACAGUGACAGUGACAGUGAUGAUGAUGAUGAUGAUGUCCGCGUCACCAUCGGAGACAUAAAAACUGGGGCACCACAGUACACACCCUAUGGAGCACCACCUGUUAACCUCAACAUAAAGACAACAGGCUCCAGACCGUAUGUACAAGUUGCCACUAAGCUGAAGGGAGUGGAUCUGGACGCUCCCGGAAACAUCAAUGGGGUUCCAGUGCUGGAGGUGGACAUGGAGUCCUUUGAGGAGAAGCCCUGGAGGAAGCCAGGAGCGGACCUGUCAGACUACUUUAACUAUGGCUUCAACGAGGACACGUGGAAGGCCUACUGUGAGAAGCAGAAGAGGCUACGCAUGGGUCUGGAGGUCUCCACAGUCGGCUCGGUAACCAGCAAGAUCACUGUUCAGCAAGGCAGGACAGGCAAUGAGAAGGACAUCUCCAGCUUGCCUGUCCACACCUCCAAACCAGACUUCACAUCUCCAACCAACCUGUACAAGCCUACCAUCAGCCAGGUCACCAGGAUCUCUCCCCCUCAGUGGACUGGUCCGCCUCCUCAGGACAUGUCCUACUAUACGAAGCCGAGUGGCACGAUAGAUGUGAUCGGUGGACAGACGGCCACCAUCAGCAGGGUGGAGGGGCGACGCAGACACAACCUGGAAGGCAACAAUAUCCAGGUGAUCUCCGAGCACUCCUCAUCGGAGGUUGAACCCACUCCGGCCAAGAUGCCCCCCUUCUUCCCCCCUGGUCCCCUCCCACCAAACAUCCCUCCGCCUCCGUUCCUCCCUCCUCCCCCAAAUGUCAGCACUGCACCCCCACUCAUCCCCCCGCCAAGAAUGCCCAUCACUGUUCCUCCUCCUGGUUUCCCUCCUCCACCCAGUGGGCCCCCUCCUUCUCUCAUCCCCACUAUGGACAGCAGUGGUCACCCUGCAGGUUACGAUGGACGCUCUGUCCCUCCGUACUCCUUCCCUCAAGGUGCGUACCCUCCUCCCAUGGCUGGUGGUGUGCUGCCCCCCUGGCCCCCCAUGAUGGACACAUCCAAAUCCUGGGACUACUACCCCCGCCGCGACGAGAAGAGGGACAAGGACAGAGAGAGAGCCCGCGAGAGGCCGCAUGAACGUGAGAGAGAGAGGGAGCACAGCCCUUCGGCCAUGAGCUACAACAGUGAUGAGGAGCGGUACCGUUACCGUGACUACCCGGAGCGGGGCUACGGAGAGCGCCACCGCGACAGGUCGAGCCGCGAGAAGGAGGACAGACACAGGGAGAGGCGGCACCGGGAGAAAGAGGAAGGUCGCCACAAGUCAUCACGCAGCAGCAGUAGCAGGAGGAGGCACGACAGCGAGGAGGGCGACAGCCACCGGAGGCACAAACACAAGAAGAGCAAGAGGAGCAAGGAGGGCAAGGAGGCCAGCGAGGAUAUCAGCGCAGACCAAGAGAACCAGGAGGCCAUGGAGUGAUCACACCCUCCAUCUGUCUUACCUCUGUUCCCGUCUGUCCCUCUGACGUCUCGCUCUAGGAUGAGAAAGAAGCGAAGGGAGGAGAUGAGACUAGACCAGAAAAACCAGGAAGUCACCGUGUGAUGGAUGCGUCUUUUCAUCUCCCCAUCAAUCUCCAUCCUCUUCCAUCCCGCUGCCAUUCAUCCUGUCCAUCCUUUUAAAAGGAAAAUGGAUGCAAAGAGUGGAGAUGGUUGUGGAGUGAUGGCUGUCGUUUCUUUGUGUACCCCGACAUUCCUCCUCCUCUCUCCAUCCUUACUUCCCAACUUAUAUAUCAGGCAGAGCAUUGAUUUGUCUUCAGGCCUCCCCUCUCACAUUAGAUCAUGCUCAGAGAUUUUGUCUAAUUUCCACUUGGAGUCCCAAUCACCUUUUCCUGAUGUUUAUUUUGCUGUCCCUGUUUUCCUGUCCUUUAUGAAGACAUCUGUAGAAAGUUAUUGGUUUGUUAAAUUGGAUUAAAAAAAUACACUUUUGAUAAGA